UCCUGUCCAACAGGGCAUCGGAGGAGGAGGUGUUCCUGGUAGCCAUCUUGGAUGUGCGGAGUGAUUGUUUAGCGAGAAGAAUUGACAUUUUUUUUAUUUUUUUUAAAGAAUUGUCUUUAUACUGAGUAAUCUGAAGAAUAAGGGGAGCGCGGCAGCUGAGGGAAGAACUCGUAGCUCGGAUAAAAUCGAGUAAAAGAAGGCAUGAAGACAUCAUCCUAGUCAUCAGUCAUGGCCGAUAAAAGGAAACUUCAAGGGGAAAUAGAUCGAUGUCUGAAAAAAGUAGCGGAAGGAGUCGAACAGUUUGAAGACAUUUGGCAAAAGCUUCACAAUGCAGCCAACGCGAACCAGAAGGAGAAAUAUGAAGCAGACCUCAAGAAGGAGAUUAAAAAGCUACAGCGUCUUCGAGACCAGAUCAAGACGUGGGUGGCAUCCAACGAGAUCAAAGACAAAAGGCAGCUAGUAGAGAACCGCAAACUCAUAGAAACGCAAAUGGAGCGGUUCAAAAUAGUCGAGCGAGAAACCAAGACGAAAGCGUACUCGAAAGAAGGGCUGGGUCUGGCCCAGAAGGUGGACCCGGCCCAGAAAGAGAAGGAGGAGGUCGGCACGUGGCUAACGAAUACGAUAGACACGUUGAACAUGCAGGUGGACCAGUUUGAGAGCGAGGUCGAGUCCCUUUCAGUCCAAACGAGGAAAAAGAAAGGGGACAAGGAGAAGCAGGACCGGAUUGAAGAGCUGAAGAAGUUCAUUGAAAAGCAUCGACACCACAUCCGGAUGCUGGAGACGAUCCUGAGGAUGCUGGACAACGACUCGGUGCAGGUCGACUCCAUCAGGAAGAUCAAGGAUGAUGUGGAGUAUUAUCUAGACUCGUCGCAGGAUCCAGACUUUGAGGAGAACGAGUUCCUGUACGACGACCUGGACCUGGAAGAUAUCCCUCAGACUCUGGUCGCCACCUCCCCGCCGGGAAACUCGAACUUGGAGGACGAGAUCUUCCAGCACUCCAGCAGCACGCCCACCUCCACCACCUCCUCCUCACCCAUCCCGCCCUCACCUGCCACUUGCACUACGGAGAACUCUGAGGAUGACAAGAAGAGGGGACGCUCGACAGACAGUGAAGUCAGUCAGUCUCCUGUGAAGAACGGGAACCCCUCCUCCUCGUUAUCCUCCUCCUCCUCCUCCUCUUCAUCUUCCUCCUCCUCCUCCUCUUCCUCCUCCGUCUCGGGACUGACCUCAUCCUCCCUCGUCUCAAUGGCGACCAUCGCCGGGGGAGGGCUCAGCGGCCCGGGGCCCAACAGUCACCACGGCAGCUCGGGGGGUCUCCUCUCCAACACUUCCGCCGGCAGCUACAGCAACGCCACCCAGCAGCAGCCGCACCCGUCGGCCACGCCGCAGCAGCAGCAGCAGCAGCAGCAGCAGCAGCAGGCCAAGAACUCAGUUAGCUCCGCCACCUCGGCCCCCAUCUCCAUCCCCAUCAGCUCCACCAACAGCCACCUGGCCUCCUCCGCCUCCUCCCCCCCCAACGCCAUCACGCAGGGGCUCUUCACCUCCAGCUCCCAGUCCCAGGUCCUCUCUCUAUCGGGGUCCACGCCCACCUCCAACAGCCUGGGCCUCAGCCUGGGGCUCUCUCUGGGGAAGGGGGGCAUGUCGGGCUCCAUCACCACCAGCCCCAUGUCGGGGAGCCUGGGCCUGUCGGGGAUGCAGGCGUCCCUGAGCUCCAUGGCGAGCCUCCUGUCCGGCUCCACCCCGGCACCCUACGCUCAGGCAGCCGCCUCGGGGGCCAUCGGCUCCGGCCUACCGGGCUCCCUGGGCGGCAUCGGCAUCAGCCCCACCACCACCAACAGCUCCGUGGGCUCCAUCGGCAGCGGGAGCAUCACAGUCGGCGGGCCGACGUCCUCCUCGGGGGGCCUCCUGGGCCCGGCGCCGGGGCUGAGCAGCUCCGGGAUCCUGUGUCUGGGCUCGGGGCAGUCGGGGAUGCAGGGCUCGUCCCUGGUGUCGCUGAGCCCGGUGGGAGGCUUGGCGCCAGGUAGCGGCGUGGGGGUCAUCGGGAGCAACGGAGGCAGCUCGGGGUCAGGAGGGAGCGGCGUGGUGGGCGGGAACCUGUCGCUGUCCGUCAGGCCGCCGAGCCAACAGAAGCAGAACGGUAGCACUAGUUACAGCGCUGUGGUAGCAGACAGCACAACAGACUCCGCCCUCACCAGUGCCAGCCAGUCACAAAGCAGCCAACCCUCGUCUUUGACCUCCACAGCCAAUCAGCCUAAGGACACUGGUUCCAGUCUACUGGGCUCCAUCUGUAUGUCGUCCAGCUCUCCGUCUCCGGCCUUCUACAGCGAGGCCAAGAUGGUGAGCGGCGGCAGCUUGCUGAACGGGCCGAUGUCCUACUCACAGUCCUCCGACAGCAUCAAGCCCCAGGAGCCUCUGAGCAGCCUGAAGUCCAUGGCCGAGCGAGCAGCACUCAGCUCAGGGAUGGAGGGAGACGUGCCCUCCCUGCACCUCACCCCAGACAUCUUCCCCAGCAGCACUACGGCCCCCUCGGGCCCCCCGUCAGCACCUCAGCUCUCGCUGUCAGAGGUCAGCAUCCCCCCGUCACUGGGGGUCUGCCCACUGGGGCCCGUGCCCCUGUCCAAAGACCAGCUCUACCAACAGGCCAUGGAGGAGGCGGCGUGGACGCACAUGCCCCACCCGUCCGACUCCGAGAGGAUCAGGCAGUACCUGAUGAGGAACCCGUGCCCCACCCUGCCUUUCCACCACCAGGUGCCACCGCCCCACUCCGACACUGUAGAGUUUUACCAGAGGCUUUCCACAGAAACCCUCUUCUUCAUCUUUUACUACCUGGAGGGCACUAAGGCCCAGUAUCUGGCAGCCAAAGCCCUGAAGAAGCAGUCAUGGAGGUUCCACACAAAGUACAUGAUGUGGUUUCAGAGGCACGAAGAACCCAAGACCAUCACCGAUGAGUUUGAGCAGGGAACAUACAUUUACUUUGACUAUGAGAAAUGGGGCCAGCGCAAGAAAGAAGGCUUCACGUUCGAGUACCGGUACCUCGAGGACCGAGACCUCCAGUGACCUGCAGCGAGGAAGACGAACAGACAGACAGAAGAACCAACGAACGAAUGAACGAGCGAGCGAGCGAGCGGCUGAGGAAGUGAGAGAGGGAUGAAGAACGAAGCUCCACCUGCUGACAUUCCUUUCAUUGACCUCGGCUGGUUGGGGAGAGACGAGGGCGGCCUCAGCAUCCUCUCCUCGGCAGAGAUUACUCCUCCCUCCUCCCUGUCAUCCCUCCUCCUCCUCCUCCAUCAUCAGGCCUUUGAUUUCCAUCUUUUCCUGAACUCUUUACAAUAAGAUUUUGUUUGUUUUUGGCAGAUAAGACACAAAAAAAUCACACCUAAUAAUCAGAAUCGUGUGCUUUUCUUUUCUUUUCCCCUUUCCCCUCUGUGUUCUCUUCUUUUGUUGGCUUUAAUAUGCAUAUACUCGCCCCCUUUAAGAACCAAAGAUAACUGGUUUAUCAUAACGUACAGACCGUGUAGAAGCCUAAAAGCCCACAGAGACACACAGUGAAUCAUGUCUGGAGCAGUUAAACAGCAGCAGGAUUCAGGUUAAAAAAUGUGACUUAAGUUUUGUGAAUCGAGCGAGAACGAAAAAAUACAUUCAGAGAGGAUUUAAACGAGAGGAAUUUAACAACCCGUAACCUUUAGGAACGCAAACCAAACAAUCAGUGGCCAGAUUAUUAGGUACACCUAGGUUAUCAUCUGUGAACUGAGUGUACCAUAUUUAAAUGUGUUCCCCUUUGAAUACAUGAACAUCUGUAAUCUUUUCAGCAGUGCGACAGAUGUGAACUUUCUUUUUUCAUUUAUAUUCUGUGACUUUUAGAAGUCUGCAUCAUUACUGCUGGAAACAUUUCAUGAUUUGAAAAAAUUCCAAAACUACCCAAACGUUCACGGGAAAUACAAUUAAACUGUUAAUGGACUCUUCAAUACAGAGGCAGCAAAAGACUUGAACCUGAACAUCUAAACACUUAAAUUGUAACGUUUGACAUGUUGCAAAACCAGCUGCGACAGUCCUUCAAAGUUCAAGAAACAAAGCAGAGCAGAAACUACGUUCACUUGCACAAAAUAGUCCUUUUUUUGCCCUUUUUCUAAACAAGACUGUAUUCUUACUAAGCAAUUUAUUAUUUAAGUUUGUCACGAUACCAGAAUUAGAAAUUCCUCUACCAAACUCUGUAUCUUUUUUUCGACACCAGAAAGAUCAGUCCCUAACACAAUUAAAAGGAUAUUUUCUUGUCUUAUUUUUAUACAGCUGCUAUCUCUCUCUCGCUCAUCAGAAACAUUCCCUUAAAAUCACCAAAAUAAAUCCGCUCAAAAACAACUAAAUCCAAGCGCCCAAACAGGUGAAGAGGCUUUUCUUUUAUUCGUAUUAUUCCUUUAAUAUAAUUCCCACCACUCAUAGUUCUGUUCCGUCUUUUUCCGUUCGGCUCUGUUCCACCAGCAGAGACUGACCUCUAGUGGUGGAAGAUGUGUACUACAAUAUAAAAAAUAGAUACAGCAUCUGACUCUGAGUUUAAAGAAAAGAGCAGCAGGUGUAUUUAUGGCCAUAUUGAACAACAUUUCUUUGAGGUUUAUAAAUACCCUGGUAUAUUAAAUUUCAAUAAAAUUCUCAAUAUCUCUUUCGAUACCGCGGCCAAACGAAUAAAGUCCCCAGGAUCCACAGGAUCACUUUUUGUCUUUAGCAAUAGACUCAAACAAGUUGGUUGUUUCUUCUGAGCAGCUUUGGGUUGAAAAUCUGAUCUGUUUUUUCUUUUAUAGAUAAAAUUCUGGUUUAUCAUCUAAUCCGAGUCGUAAACGUGGCCAAAGAAAACUCCUAAAACCAGAAUGAUCACCAUAUCGCACAUUUCUUUAUCAAAUUUGUAAUAUUCAGAGCAAUAAUGGAAUAUAAGCGCGUAUUUACGCGUGAGUUACGGGUCGUUAAGUUCACCUCGAAAGAAAUCAUCACAAAACAGAAAUUUGUUUGAUACUCUGGUCAAAAAACUGCGAUCUCCCUUUUCUCUCAUCUGUGUCCCUUUCGGCUGGUUAAUGUGAAUUUUUGGUAACAAAACUACGUCAUUCUCCCAAACCUCCGACCAGUUAACUCGCCUCUGAACUCCAACACAUCCGCCUGUCCACCAGGGUGAAAUAACCAGCAGCAGCAUCAGGAUGAGGCUAAACUGGUCGAAGGUUCCUCCCCGGGCCUCUCUCUCUCUCUCUCUUAACCUCCCAGAAGUCCGGCUGUUGAUAAAAGUGUCUGCUCUGUUUUGUGAAUCCUGCAGCCGUGGCGGAGUAUAAAUAUCCUGCCGGCCUCCUCCCGUGGAGCCGCGGUGGAGGAGUGUGAACUCCGAGGUGUUGGUAGUAACCGUCUCUACCUGGUGGGCAGCGUUAUGUCACAGCACUCUGAGAGGGAUCACACUCUGAGAAUCACAAUACAUAUAUAUUUAUAUAUAUAUAUGUGUGUGUGUGUGUCAGGAUUUUAUGUUUAAAAUUCUGCCUUUGGCCUCUGCAGCGUUCACAACUUGUUUCUGUAAAUUAAACGGUCAGUUCACCAAAGUUACAGCAAAAAAACAAAUAGUUUUCUCAUUUUUCUCUCGUGGUAUUUAGUCAUAUGUUUAGUUUUGGUUUUAUUUGUCCGUGUUUUGAGGUUAAUUCAGAGUUUUCUGAGGUUAUUUUGUGAAUUACAAAAUAAUUUGCUAUCUUGCCAAGCGAGGUCGUUUGAGUUUAUCUUAGCAUAAAGAAUGGAAACGUAAUUAAUAUUGUUUGUUUAAAUCAGUGUAAAAACAAGAAUUUGAGGACUUUUGCAUAAAGUUAUGUGCUGAAUUAUUUCUUAAUUUGGAGCCGGAACUUUUCUCCCACAAAUAAUUGUUUUUGCACUUUUAAACGAACAGGAUUUGCUCUGUUUCCAGUCUCAGCUGCAAAUAUAACAGUAAUAUUCUUUUUUUAUUGGAAGUUUAUUGGAAGCAAAAAUAAGAUGACAACUUAAAAAAAAAAAAAAAUGCAAACCAAUAUAAUGAGAAAAUUUCAAAAUAAUGACUUUAAUAAUGAGAAACAAUCUUUAAAAAAUGACUUGGUGUCUCAAUAUGAGUUAGUAAAAAAUCUCAUAAUAAUUGACUUUGUAUCUUAAAAUAAUGAUAACUUUUCUUUUAUUAAUGACCUUUUUGCAACUUUUUUCAAAAUAUUGACAUAUCUCAAAAUAACGACUUAAUAUCUUAAAAUAACGAGCUUUCUCAAACAAUAAUAAGUCAUUUUGAGAUCCUGAAGUCAUUUUUUAAAAAUACCAAGGACAUUAUUAUGAGAAACUGUUGUUUUUGAGAUAUUAAGUCUUUCUCAUUUUCAGAAACGGUGGCAUUAUAUUGGGAUACAAACCUAUCAUUUUUGAAAAAGUUUCUCAUAAUUUUUUAGAGAAACCGUCAUUAUUUUAAGAUACAAAGUCAAAAAAUAAUGACCUAAUAUCAAAAAAAAAUUGAAAACUUUUUUUCUUUAAUCUUUAAUAAUAAUAAUAAUAAGUAUUCUUUAAAAAAAAAAAAGAUUUUGUAUCUUAAAGUAAUUAGUUGCUCAAUAUGGAUUAGUAUCUCAAAAUAAUGAAAAAAAUCUCAUGAUUGUCUUGGUAAAGUAAAAAAAAAUCUAUAUGACAUUAUUAUGAAUAACUGGUUUUUGAGAGUCUUAAUUUUUAAAAAUAAUUUCUCAUUUUCAGAAACAGUCUCAUUAUUUUUGCGAUACAAAACUAUUAUUUUUGGAAAAAGUCUCAUUAUUUUGUCAUUUUAAGACGCUAAGUCGUUAUUUUGAUUUUACUAGGAAAUUAUGUGUUGAGAUCCUAAGGCUUUAUUCUAGAAACUCAUUAAUUUGAGAUACAAACCCAUUAUUUUUUACACCAUUAUUUAGACAAACUAAGUCAUUUUUGCUCAUUAUAUCUUAUUAUAACGACUCAUUAUUUCCAUGACGUCGGCAGAAACGAGCUUCCGUAACAAUCUCAUCUGCACAAAAACCUCAAAAUUUAACUCCUCGUAACCCCGUAACCUUUAGGAACUCAAACCAAACAAUCAGUGGCCAGAUUAUUAGGUACACCUAGUUAAUCAUCUGUGAACUGAGUGUACCAUAUUUAAAUGUGUUCCCCUUUGAAUACAUCUGUAAUCUUUUCAGCAGUGCGACAGAUGUGAACUUUCUUUUUCAUUUAUAUUCUGUGACUUUUAGAAGUCUGCAUCAUUACUGCUGGAAACAUUUCAUGAUUUGAAAAAAUUCCAAAACUACCCAAACGUUAACGGGAAAUACAAUUAAACUGUUAAUGGACUCUUCAAUUCACGUCGGCAGAAACGAGCUUCCGUAACAA